AAUAAGAACAAUGAUGACGACUGGAGUGGCCGGCAUUGGUAAAACCGUCUUAACACACAAGUUCACUCUGGACUGGGCUGAAGGCAAAACCAACCAGGACAUACACUUCACAUUUCUCCUCACUUUCAGAGAGCUGAAUUUACUGAAAGGGAAAGAGUUUAGCUUGGUGGAACUUCUUCAUCACCUCUUUACUGAGACCAAAGAAGCAGGAAUCUGCAGAUACGACGGGUUCCAAGUUUUCUUCAUCUUGGAUGGUCUGGAUGAGUGUCGACUUCCUCUGGACUUCCAGAGAAACCCGAUCUGGACUGAUGUCACAAAGUCCACCUCGUUGGACAUGCUGCUGACCAACCUCAUCAGGGGUGACCUGCUUCCCUCUGCUUGCAUUUGGAUAACCACACGCCCUGCGGCAGCCAAUCAGAUCCCUGCUGAGUGUGUUGACAUGGUGACAGAGGUGAGGGGGUUCACCAACCAACAGAAGGAGGAGUACUUCAGGAAGAGAUUCAGAGAGGAGACGAUGGCCAGCACAAUCAUCUCCCACGUCAAGAAAUCACGAAGCCUCCAAAUCAUGUGUCACAUCCCAGUCUUCUGUUGGAUCACUGCUUCAGUUCUGGAGGACAUCUUCCAAAAUUCCCAGAUCGAAGAGAUGCCCAAGACCGUGACUCAGAUGUACAGCCACUUCCUGAGGGUUCAGUCCAUACAGGCGGACAGGAAGUACCAUGGGAGGGCUGAAACAGAUCCAGACUGGAGCUCAGAGAGCAGGGAGAUCAUUGUUUCUCUGGGAAAACUUGCUUUUAACCAGCUGGAGAAAGGCAACCUGAUCUUCUACGAGGCAGAUAUGGCACACUCUGCCAUCGAUAUCAGAGCAGCCUCAGUGUACUCAGGAGUGUUCACCCAGAUCUUUAAAGAGGAGUGUGGGCUGUACCAGGACAAGGUGUUCUGCUUUGUCCAUCUGAGCAUCCAGGAAUUUCUGUGUGUCAAUCUGCUCUCAACCUCCAGGAAAGAUAAACUCCUCCUCUACCAGAGUGCUGUGGACAAGGCCUUACAGAGUGAGAACGAACACCUGGACUUGUUCCUCCGCUUCCUCCUGGGCCUCUCUCUGGAGACCAAUCAGAUUGUCCUACGAGGUCUGCUGGGACAGAAAAAAAGAUCACUGACCACUCAGAUUAAAACAGGUCUGCUGCGACUGACUGGAAGUGGGUCAAAGACCAAUGAGGGAACAGUGUCUUACAUCAAGGAGAAGAUAGAAGGAGAUCUUUCUCCAGAGAGAAGCAUCAAUCUGUUCCAUUGUCUGGAUGAGCUGAACGACUGUUCUCUAGUGAAGGAGAUCCAACAGUACUUGACAUCAGGAAAUCUCUCCGGAAAACCUCUCUCCCCUGCUCAGUGGUCAGCUCUGGUCUUCAUCCUACUGACAUCAGAAGAGGAGCUGGACGUGUUUGACCUGAAAAAAUACUCUGCAUCAGAAGAUGGUCUUCUGAGGCUGCUGCCAGUGGUCAAAGCCUCCAAAACAUAUCUGCUGAAUGGCUGUCAUCUGUCAGAGAGAUGCUGUGAAGCUCUGGCCUCAGUUCUCAGCUCCAACUCCUCUAGUCUGAGAGAGCUGGACCUGAGUACCAAUGAUCUGCAGGAUUCAGGAGUGAAGCUGCUCUCUGCUGGACUGGGGAGUCCACACUGUACACUGGAAACUCUCAGGUCAGUUUUCAGCCUCUUCAAACUGUGUCUUGGGGUUGUUUAAUAUGUAACUCUGGACCGCUGAUGUGAGGGUUAGGGGUUGACCUGUUAACUACUAGUAUGUUAUGUUUGUUAUCUGUUAUGUAGCUCUGGCAGGCUGAUGUUAGGGGUUGACCUGCUAACUACU